AUGCAGCUCUGGACGAUCAGCAGUGCUCUGAGCACCGCCAUCCUGGGCUAUGUACUUUAUCAAGUAUGGGAGAAGCGAGAAAAACGCUCCGCUAUUCUCCCGCCAUCACAUGAGCGCAUUGUGAUCCUUGGUGCUUCGUCCGUGGAUGGUAUUGGCAUUGCUAUUGCACGUGAGUGCCUGAAACGCGGUUCCUACAACAUUAUGCUGGUGGCCCGGCGUAGCGAGGCACUUCGUGAGGUGAAGCGAGUGCUGAUCGAGGAGCAGGCUACGCGGUCUGGCCGGGAGCGUGCCGACCAGAUCGAGCUCUUUGUGGCCGAUUGCACUAACGCUGACGACGUGUACCGUUUGCAGCGCUCGAUCACAGAAGACUUUGGCGGCGUCGACACACUGUACAUUGUAUUCGGUGCCAUUUGGACCAGUCCGCUGCUCAGUGUAGCUGGUGUGGACCCAUGCCAGGACCCUCAUGCCUCCUCGCCCUCACCUACCGGUCUCCGGGCCAUUGCCGAUGGCGUUCAACAGUCGUGCGACGCCAAUGUAAAGGGAACAGCUAUGGUCUUGGCCGCACUACUUCCUAGCAUGCAGACAAACUCCAAAGCGCCUCAUGUCGCCGUGGUUGGCUCCCUGGCGUCCCUGGUACCUGCACCCACACGAACUGUGUACUGUGCCACGAAGGUUGCACAGCAAAUGCUGGUGGAGAGUGUAGCGACCGAGUGCACUACGCAGGCCAAGGUGCCUGGCCGUGCUUUGGUGAAGUUUGUGGUUUUGGCUCCCACGACCGUGGCCACGUCUUUCCGCAGCCGCAUGUCGGUCGGCGUCAACGAAAAGAGUAAGCCUACGGAUCCCCAACGGGGUCGUGCUUUGACAACGCAAGAAGUGGCCGAAGAGGCCAUCUACUGCCUUGAGCAUUCGAUUACAGGUGUGAGACCGAUGCCUCACUACUACUUCUGGGUAUGGCUCCUGGGCCCUUUGAUUCGUGGCCCCCUCGAAAUAGGAGCGCACAGACGCUAUGGCUACUAA